CAUGAGCUUCCAUUUGAGUGGACCUGACUGCUGAAGGACCUGUGUCAUCAAGAUGGGGAGAGUCUUAGGAUGGCUCUUCACUGCCUGACUCAAAGCUGUCAUCGUUCUCCUCGUCACUUGUUCUCUGGUGUGCUGUCAGACUGACUGCAAGACUGGCUGUUGCACUCGGUUAAUGGGUGAGGGGGUAAAGAAAAGGGGAUGUUACCGACACCAAAGAGAUAGCAACCACUCCAGAUUCAACUGUGCAUACAAGUGGUAUUUAUCUCUCUCACGCUCUGCACCUUCCCCUUGCCUCAGCUCUGUCAUGCCUCGCUCAUUCCUGGUCAAGAGUAAGAGACCAGGGUCUCAUCCCCCUUGCUUCUCUAAAGGCACCAGCCACACAACCCCUGACCAGCCACAACCUCAUACAAAUCAUCACGACAGGCAGAACAGGGCGUGGCAGGAAGUAAGGUCCCCGCAUCGGAGCCCCUUCCAGGAGGACCAGGGCAACCUGUGCUCAGGGUCAGAAGUCAAGGACAACAUGGACUACCCCUGUUCUAGCUGGGACGCCAUGGCAACCAGACCACACAGCACCUCUCCAGCUGACCUCUGGACCAGCAGGUCUGCAGAAACCCAAGGGUACGAUGGUGUGGAGCCUUCCGAGUCUGCCCUGCCCUGGUACCCACACUGGCCCCGGGGCCCUGACAGAGAGAGGGAGCUGGAGAAACUGGUCCAUGUCUUACUGAGCCACAGGCCACAUAUGGACCUCAAUUCCACCAGCCCAUGCCCCCUCUGUGAAAAGGUCUUGUACUCAGGAGCUGUACUGAAGACUAAUUUCCUCAGGUCACGUACAUGCGUGCAUGCAGUCCCAUUGGCCACAUCAGCCAAAGCCCCAGAGCACCCCUAUGAGUUCAAACAAGCUCUGGGCAUGUACGGAAGACCAAAGGAGCGUAGCUAUAGCUGUAAGGAGUGUGGGAAGGUAUUCAAGCGCUCCUCCACCCUGUCCACCCACCUGCUCAUCCACUCUGACACCAGGCCCUACCCCUGCCAGUACUGUGGCAAGAGGUUCCAUCAGAAGUCAGACAUGAAGAAACACACCUUCAUACACACAGGUGAGAAGCCCCAUGUGUGCCAGGUGUGUGGCAAGGCCUUCAGCCAGAGCUCCAACCUCAUCACCCACAGCCGUAAACACAGCAGCUACUGGCCGUUCAGCUGCACGCACUGCCAAAGCAGCUUCCAGCGCAGACUGGACCUACAGCGCCACCAGGAGACACAAUGUGUCCAUAGCAGCGUGUACACACAGAGCUGAGGCCACCGGUAUAAUGGAGAUUUGUAUUACAUAAGUACUGUAUGUAGCACAAGAAUGAGUGCUUUGUAUAGAUUGUUGACUGGUAUUUGCAGUUCCAUUUUUAUAUGGUACUUUGAUCAGUGAUUGAGGCUAAGCACAUUACUUGUGUUCAAGUUAUUUGGGCAUUUGCUUUUGCUCACAGCUUUUCAGGUUGACCGUUUGGAUAGUGCCUUGAGGGCACCUGAUCACUUUAACAUCUCUAGCAAUGUUAUAUAUAUAGUGUACGAGCUGGAUUCCAUUAUUAGCACAGAAGAUCAGCGUUGAGCCAGUUGAAAUGUAAAGAUAAUUUUAGAUUGAGCCAACAUAUGCAACAUUUACCACGAAUGCUGUCUCCGCCAACACGGAAACGUUGCCUUUAAAUGUCAGUCACGCUUUAAUGCUACGGAUUGAAUCCAGACCUUUAGGUCCUGGUCUCUACUAUGCUGUAUGUCUAAAAGGACACCUUAUUAAAAAAAGGUGGUUUGUAGAGUGACAAAGCAAACCCCUAUUUCCCACGGUAAUUGUCAAUUUUCCUCAGAGAGCCGUUGCAAUUGUAGCUCCCAUUGUUGGUGUAUGAAUGAAGCUGCCAUUUUCACUUCACUGUGGCAGCCCACCCAAGGGCAUAAUAAUAUACAUUCAGGCCAUGGGGAACAUGACAGCAGUACGAGCAGAGAGAGACAAUGAUUAUGUUUAAGUGAUGCUCCACAAUUAUGGCGAGACAACGUGACUGUAUAUUUUCAGUGUCAUAGCCUGGUCAGCAUGAGUAUAUAUAAAAAGGGAUUUAGAUAUAAAAAAAUAAAUACUCUGUUUAAGUUUAGAAUUUCUGGGGCUUCAUUCAUUGUUCUCUCCCGCACUUUAUUUGAAGAUAAAACACAAAAACUCAGCCACAGAUAUUUCAUUUAAAUAGCAACAGCACAGAUAAUAUCAAACAAAGGGUCACAGUUACAACAUAGAUAUAUACAAUAAGGAUCUGGAUAAUGGCAAUUGCCCUCACACAUACAGUGCCUUGCGAAAGUAUUCGGCCCCCUUGAACUUUGCGACCUUUUGCCACAUUUCAGGCUUCAAACAUAAAGAUAUAAAACUAUAUUUUUUUGUGAAGAAUCAACAACAAGUGGGACAAAAUCAUGAAGUGGAACGACAUUUAUUGGAUAUUUCAAACUUUUUUAACAAAUCAAAAACUGAAAAAUUGGGCAUGCAAAAUUAUUCAGCCCCUUUACUUUCAGUGCAGCAAACUCUCUCCAGAAAUUCAGUGAGUAUCUCUGAAUGAUCCAAUGUUGACCUAAUUGACUAAUGAUGAUAAAUACAAUCCACCUGUGUGUAAUUUAGUCUCCGUAUAAAUGCACCUGCACUGUGAUAGUCUCCGAGGUCCGUUAAAAGCGCAGAGAGCAUCAUGAAGAACAAGGAACACACCAGGCAGGUCCGAGAUACUGUUGUGAAGAAGUUUAAAGCCGGAUUUGGAUACAAAAAGAUUUCCCAAGCUUUAAAACAUCCCAAGGAGCACUGUGCAAGCGAUAAUAUUGAAAUGGAAGGAGUAUCAGACCACUGCAAAUCUACCAAGACCUGGCCGUCCCUCUAAACUUUCAGCUC